AUGAAGUUCAAUUUUCAACAUUCUUUACUGCUCGGCCUGGGCCUUCAUUCCUUCUCAGUGAGCGCACAUCCAGGGCAGCCCUACUACGAUGCUGCUCAUCUCAUCAGACGCGACAAUUCCACUUCAACGGGCCGAGUGAUACAAUCUUCCAGUCGCCCGUCUCUCCCUCCCGUAACCAUCCUUCCUUCAAAUAUUCCCACCUCUCGCGGCGGAUCUUCUGCUCCGCCAACAACAGUCCCACCCACCAUAACCAGCGCUCCCCCCUCCUCGACAGCGACGUCUAGUGCCCCGGCAGCAACAACAACAGUUAGCAAUGGUGACACGAUCGUCGUCGCGGCCGGCGUCGUGGUGGUGGGAGGAACCGGAGGCGGCUUCUUCAGUAUCGCCGGCUCGGGGGGAGCGCCGGUGGCAGUGGCGGCUGGCACGACCGUGACGGCCGGAUCCUCCUCGGGUGACAGUCCGGAAAACCCCGAUAAACCGGAGCCGUCGAGCCAGCCCCCAAGCUCGGAGCCACCGACCAGCACGGAGCCCACAACUACGGAGACUACCACCUCGGCGCCGACCGGGCCGCCCACGCCCUGCCUCAUAUUCCCCAAGGACGGAGCUACAAGCCAGGAGAACAAGGAUUUCAUGGCGCUCAUCGACAAGGAGCUUGGAAAGGGCAAUUACCGGGAGACGACGGACACGGUCCAGUUAUUCGUGAGCGCCAACGUCACGGCGGCGCAGAAUGCAACUCUCUCCGCGGACUCACUGGUCGGUGGCGUGGAGCCAAUUGUGUCGCUUGAUGACAACGCUGGCGAGUCGGUGCCGGUCCCAAACGGCAAGAGGGACGAAGACGUCCAUGAGAAGUGGUGGAUGGAGUCUCUAGACAAACUCGGCAGGAUCAAGAAGCGUGCCGUGAUGAAGCAGGACAAUGCCCCCACUGAGCUUGUCAUGAUCUCCCAGCCUCCUCUGGUGGACCUAGCGGCACUCAAGAGCUACACUUAUGAUGACAGCGCCGGCACGGAUAUCACAGUCUAUGUCUUGGACACUGGCUACUAUACCAAGAACAGCGAGUACACCGGCAUGGCCAAGAAGCCACGAUGGCUUUUCGGAGGCGCGCAGGCGGAUAAGUCAGUCGAGGAGGACCUUGGCUCGGACGGUCACGGUAGCUGUGCUGGCUCUAAAGUCAAUGGGCCAAAGUAUGGAGUUGCAAAGCAGGCCAAUCUUGUGGUUGUGAAGGCUUCGAUCAACACUGACGAGACACUCGACGGCUUAAACAAGAUCCUCGCGGAUGUGAGAGAAAAGAAGCUGCAAGGCAAGGCAAUUGUCAACUUUUCGCGAUCAAUUGCAAACCCAAGCAAAUUCACGCAGAAGAUGCUGGAGUACUACGUCAAAGAGAUGAUCAAGGAAGAUGUUAUCUUCAUAACGGCAUCCGGGAAUGACGAUCGGGAAGAGGUCGCCGACGGAAAAGCGUCUGCUCUUGACGUUGACGGCUACCCGGCUUUGAUAGCCGCCUCUGGGGUGCCAAUCAUUAAUGUCGGCGCUGUUGAUAACACGGGCAAGAAUGCAUCCUUUUCCCAGGGCGGGCCCUUAGUUCAUGUCAUGGCGCCCGGCCAACAGGUCCAAUGUGCUUCCAACUCCUUCUUUUCCAACACACAGAAACAGGACGGCACAUCCUUUGCCGCACCAGCAGUAGCUGGCCUCGCAGCCUACCUGCUUGCCCUGGGAGAGUAUCCAGAGCUGUACCAGACGGGCAAGGUGGCAGAGAACAUGAAGAAGCUCCUCAUAGACAUGGCCUACCAGCGUGUGCCCGACGGAGGCCAAGUCGUGUUCAACGGCCAAGGAGCCGUCUGCUCUCGCCCCGGGAGCGCCAAGUUCAGACGUCAGGACCUGAGCGGCGAGGCCUGCUCUGCCGUCUCAUCAACGACGACCAUAGUACUAACCUCGACUUCGGCUCCUCCGCCGCCAGCGACGACGUCUAACCCACCACCAGCGACGACGUCCAACCCACCACCAGCCGAAACGACCGCACCUGCGCCACCACCUGCGCCUAAGGAGCUGUUUUCUCUGAACGAAGAAGUAGGCGCCGGGAACGAGCGCUGCUUCCGGACACAAGGCUUCAGCGUCACGGCUGGAACAACGUAUGGCUUCUCGUUCGAAGCCGACGCAAAUCUGCGGGUGAGCAUCGAGACCGGCGGCACGAAAGAGGGCUACCACCAGUCCAUGGGCUCCUGGACAGGAACCUUCUAUGCCAAUGCCGGUGAAACGCUCAGGAUCUGCGCAAAGAGCUCCGCAUCUGCGUCGCUGCCGGUCAAAUUCGCCAUCACCGAGGAGCCAUCCCAACCCAUCGCGGCGCCGGCUGGCAAGGAGGUCUUCAAGCUGGACGACAAGAUUGCCGCGGGUGGCACGUCGUGCUUCCCGACGACGGGCCUGGAUAUCAAGGCGGGCAACUAUGGCUUCUCCUAUACCACGAACGACGGCAUUGUCGUCGAGAUUGGGGACAACAGCUCUGGGCCCAGGUACUUCUCCGGGAAUAGGGCGCAGGGUGCCGGCCUGAUGUACAUUGGUUUCUCAGGCGGCACUAUCUCUAUUUGCGGGAAGAACGAUGGAAAUUCCGACGCUCCUAUCUCGUUGAAAAUGACGCAGUGAUCGCUCUCGCUCUCGGGCCAAU